GUAUAUAAACCGUCCUUAGUAAAGGGGAAAUAUCACUUCACCAUGAAAUCCUUGAUUUUAAUAAGCACAGUUCUAGCCACUGCAUGGGCUGACCUUCCACGCUAUGGAGGUCCUGGAGGAGGAGGAUCAAGUUCUGGAUUUGGAGGAGGUUUAGGUUCUAGUUUUGGAGGAAGUUCCGGCUCAGGUUUUGGAGGAAGCGGUUCAGGCUCAGGAUUUGGAGGCUCAGCCUUUGAAAGAGGAGGUUCCGGCUCAGGAGGAUGCGGUCCUGGACAAGUGUUGCAUGCUGGUAGAUGUGUCACUCCACGCGAGAACCGCAAAGUCUACUUGUACAACGCACCACCCGCACCACCAGUUCCCAUGGUCCUCCGCCGUACAUCCCAACCAUUGACACGAAUAUCGUGUUCAUCCAAACACCCGAAGAAGGUCCAGGACCAGACCCCAUUGUCAUACCUCCACCACAACAGCGAAGCGUCGUCUAUGUCCUCAACAGACAGAUACAAGAGCAACAGGAUGUGAUCGAAGUCCCAGCACCGCCAGCAACCAGUCCUGAGGUUUACUUCGUGAACUACGCUGACGGCGAGAACCCAGUUCUUCCCAGCGGUGUGGAUCUUCAGACUGCCUUGAAUGCAGCUUCCCAGGGAGGCGGUCAAGUGAUUGGAGGAGGCGCCGGAGGCAGUGGCGGUGGCUUCAGUGGUAGUGGAGGAAGCGGUGGUUUUGGAGGCAGUGGAGUUGGAGGUGGAUUUGGAGGUAGUGGAGGAAAUGGUGGUUUCGGAGGCAGUGGAAAUGGUGGUGGAUUUGGUGGCAGUGUUAUCAGCGGUGGAUUCGGAGUCAGUGGAGAUAGUGGGGAAAUCAUCGUGAGUGGAGGUGGCGGUGGUUUCAGCAGUGGAGGUUCCCCUCCUAGUCGUUACUCUACACCAUAAAGACUUCUGUCUGAUUGAAAUUAUGUAAAUAAUCCAAAAGUAAAUGUUUUGUAACCAAUUAUUUGUACAAAUACAGAGUAUGUUUUUUAUUUUGAUUAAAAUGUAACGAUAUAUGAUA